AUGGAUGAGGACAAGGGCACCCCCAACUCCCAGCCCCCCAACCCCUUGCCCAGCUGGCUACAAAACCAGGCACUCAGUGGGCAAUGGCUGGGGGCAGUGGGCGGCUCAGACCUGCCACUGUCAGAGACUGAGGAGGGGGCCUUUGCUCACGUGGACGAUGACUGGAAAUACGACACCCAUCCAGACCUUUCCCAAUGCGCAGAUGUUGCCGCGUGGGAAGAAGACGUGACACCCCAAGAGCUCUACCCAUGGGAAGAAGAAGUGCUGCCCCCAGGGGCCUCUGCCUCUGUUGAGGAAGAGGCAGAAGGUUCUCAUACCUUUGGAGAGCAGUUGCCAUCGGCAGCGACACAGAGCCUGGUCCCUGCCCCACACAGCCCCUCAGAGGGCAGCGAGGCCCUGCUGGACACAAAGCAGACAAUCACAUGUGGGAUCGUGAGGAAGGCUGAGCUUGUGAUCCAGGGAUCCAUCCAGGAGCCAGAGGAACAGAGAGACCUGGAACAAACCAGGAAUGCAGAAAUGCAAGAAACCGUAAGAGCACCAGAGUCAGAGAGCCCCGUGUCUGCCUCGCACAGCCCCUCAGAGGGCAGUGAGGCCCUGCUGGACACAAAGCAGUCCAUCACAUGUGAGAUCAUGAGGAAGGCUGAGCCUGUGAUUGAGGGAUCCAGUCAGGAGCUGGAGGAACAGAGAGAGCUGGAACAAACUACGGCUACAGAAAUGGUACCAUUACUUACAGCAGAAAGGACAGAGAGCCCAGUCCCUGCCCCGCAGAGCCCCCCAGACAGCAGCCAGGAUCUGCUGGACAUGGCCUUUUGCCUCUUCAGGGAGAUCAUGAGGAAGGCUGAGCAUGUGCUCAGCUGCUGGCUGGAGGAACAGAGGGUCCCAGAACAAAGCACGGCUACAGAAAAGAUAACAACAAUUACAGUAGACAGGACAGAGAGCCUGGUCCCUGCCCCACACAGCCCCUCAGAGGGCAGCAAGGCCCUGUUGGACACAGACCAGUCCAUCACCCGUGAGAUCCUGAGCGAGCCUGAGCUUGAGAUCCAGGGAUCCAGCCAGGAGCCAGAGGACGAGAGAAACCUGGAACAAACCAUGGAUACAGACACAGUAACAACAGUUCCAGCAGAAAGGACAGAGAGCCCAGUCCCUGCCCCACAAAGCCCCUGCUCCCCCAGCAACCCCUCACCUUCCCAGGUGAAAGCCCAGGCCCUCAGCGAGCAGGAAGAGGGAGCAGGAGGGGACUCAGUCCUGGCAGUGCAAGACACUGACGAGGGGCCCUUCCCUGGGGAGGGCAUAGGCUGGAAAUACUACGUUGAGCAAGACAUUUCCCAGUGGGGAGAUGAGGGAGACCAAGAGUUGUCCCAAGACAUUAACACAUACCAUGAAGUGUCCCAGGGAGAAGACUGCAUUGAGCAGGAGCUGUCCCCUGGAGAAGUCAAGAGCUACCAGGAAUUGUCUGACUGGGAAGAAUACAGCGAGGAAGAGGAGCCCCAAGGAGAAGUGAAGAGCUACCAAGAAGUGUCCGACUGGGAAGAAAACAUCGAGCAGGAGCAGUCCCAAGGAGAAGAGAGUAGAGGCCAAGAAGUGUCUGACUGGGAAGAAUACGGUGAGGAAGAGCUGUCCCAUGGAGGAGUGAAGAGCUACCAAGAAGUGUCCAACGGGGGGGACAGUGAGGAAGAGCAGUCCAAAGGGGAAGGCAGUAGCUACCAAAAACUGCCCGACCAGGAAGAAUACAGCGAGGAAGAGCAAUCCCAAGAAGUCAAGAGGCACAAAGAACUGUCCAACUGGGAGAACUCCAGUGAGGAGGAGCAAUCCCACAGAAAAGGCAGUAGCUCCCCAGAAGUCAUCAACUUGGAAGAAUGCAGCAUGAAAGGGCAGCCCCAAAGAAAAUUCAGUAACUACCAAGAACUCCCGUCCGACUGGGAGGACUCCAUUGCCCAAGAGCUGGGCCAGGAUGAAGACUCCUUGGGCCAGGACUUUUCCGACUGGGAAGACUAUACACCCUCCUGGCUGUCCCGAUGGGAAGAUGACAGCGACAGAGAGCUGGCACUGGCGGACGGGGAACACAUGAGCGUCCCCAUUGGGGUCAAGCCCUUGCUCCCGGAGGAGGACGAGUGGGAAGAAUUGAGCAUGCUGGAGCUGUCCCAAGGAGGACAAGGCACAGAAGACAGGCUGAGAAUUCUUGCAGCAGAGGGGCUCCCAGUGCCCGUCCCUCACCAGGCAUGGGCUGAGAGUCGGGCACCUGCCCCGUGCACACAAGUGCCGCUCUGCGCCUCACCUCCCCAGCUGGAAGCCCUGUCCCCUGGAGGGACUGAAGCUUCUCCUGCCUUCGACAAGCAGGUGCCAUGGGCAGGGACACAGAGCCCGGUCCCUGCCCCACGCAGCCCCUGCUGCCCCCCCAGCCCCUCGCCUCCCCAGCUGGAGGCCCAGGCCCUCAGCAGGCAGCUGCCUGUCCCCACCAAACGUCUCUCCCGCUUCAGGCGGGCGCUCGGGGCUCUGCGCAGGCUGUUCCGCUCCUGCACGGCGGGACAGCCCCAGGAUUAG